AUGACAGACUCCAGCACAGCCAAGGCGGAAGCGCCUCACCAAUAUCCAUCCAAUCAGAAGCGAAUCCUCAUCAUGCUGGCUCUCUACAUGGCAAUCUUCCUUGUAACACUGGACCAAAACAUUCUUGCAACCGCCAUCCCUCGCAUCACAGACGAAUUCAACUCCCUCAACGACGUCGGCUGGUAUGGCACCGCCUACCUCCUCACCAUGUGCAGCUUCCAGCUCAUGAUGGGAAAGGUCUACAAGUUUUACCCAGCAAAGCCCGUCUUCCUCUCCGGCAUCAUCCUCUUCGAAGUCGGCUCGGCAAUUUGCGGCGCGGCUCCGAGCUCAGAUGCCUUCAUCGUCGGCCGUGCGAUUGCGGGACUGGGAUCGUCGGGCAUGUUCUCUGGACUCAUGGUCAUCAUGUUUAACAUCAUUCCCCUGCAGCAGCGACCGCUAUACCAGGGCUUCUUUGGAGCCGUCUUUGCGGUCGCAUCCGUCAUUGGCCCCAUCAUUGGAGGGACAUUCACGGAUAAAGUGACGUGGCGAUGGUGCUUCUACAUCAACCUGCCGAUAGGGGGCGUCUCCCUGAUCGUGACCUUCCUCAUCCUGCAUCUGCCCAACCAAAAGCUCGAUCCAGCAGCAGAGGGAUGGCUGGCCAAGAUCCAGCAGCUCGACCCCAUCGGCAACCUCGCCUUCUUCCCGGGCAUCGUGUGCCUGGUCCUGGCCCUUCAGUGGGGAGGCACCGAGUAUCCCUGGGACAGCGCCCGCAUCAUCGUCCUCCUGGUCCUCUGCGGAGUCUUUGUUCUCAUCUUCAUCGGCAUCCAGGUGUGGAAGGGAGAAGAGGCGACUCUACCUCCUCGCAUCAUGAAGCAGCGCAGUAUUGCGGCUGUGGUCUGGUUCGGCUUCUUCAAUGGAGGUAGCAUGAUGGUCGCCAUGUAUUAUCUUCCCAUCUGGUUCCAGGCUAUCAAGGGCGUCAGCGCCAUCGACUCCGGCAUCUCGCUGCUUCCCAUGGUUCUUGCGACAGUCGUCGGCUCACUGUCCUCCGGCGUCAUCAUCUCCAGAAUCGGCUACUACACUCCCUUCUUCUAUCUCAGCACGGCCUUGGCAGCCAUUGGCGGAGGACUCUUGUCAAUGCUUGAGCCGGGAACGGGACACUCAAAGUGGAUUGCGUAUCAGUUCCUAUUCGGCCUCGGCCUCGGCUUUGGAGCGCAGCAGGCGUUGAACGUUGUCCAGACCGUUCUUGAGAGGUCGGACAUUGCCACUGGAUCUGCCCUCGUCAUGUUCACUCGAUUUCUCGGGUCGGCCAUCUUCCUGCCAGUCGCACAGAGCGUCUUUCUCAGCACUUUGGUCAAGAAGGUGUCAAACAUCUCCAGUAUCGAUCCAAGCAAGGUUGUUACUGCGGGCGCGACCGACCUGAAGAACCUUGUUCCCGCAGAUGAUCUCGAGACGCUGCUGUGGGACUACAACGAUUCCAUCAUGCCAGUCUUUUAUCUCGUGGCAGCACUGUCGUCAGCAACAAUCUUUGGAAGCGUAUUUGUUGAGUGGAAGAGCCUGAAAAAGCGUGCAGCCAAGGAUGCCGGUAUCACCAAAGAGGGCGGUGUAACCGAGGUGGCAUGA